GACGGUUUUCAUCUUUCAUUGUUCAAGUGUUACCAAUAGCAGAAUUUGAUAUCCGUGAAAGAAUCCGUAUGUAUACUGCUCCGUACAAUGUAUUGUAUGUGUACGUUCUACUGUUUAAAGAACAAAUCUCGCUGCAUCUGUACGACGUACCGGAAUGUUGGCAUAACUGUGUAGUCAUUAAGUUUUGAAUUGUGAAGGCGUGGUGUAAUGAACGUUUCGCGUUCGUUGAACGGAAUUAGAUUGAAGGAAAUAAUGUUUUGUGAAAUAUUAUUAUAAACAUGUAUCUGUUUUCUGAUAUUUGGGUGUCUACUCUAACUGGAAAUGCAGAUUCCAGCUUCCAAUGAUAGAGAACUAUUAUGCUCCUAGGAGACAGAAACUUAAAGUUACAACGAUCCUGUCGUUUAAUUACGUGAUAAUUGCUUGGCAAUAGCAUUUGCGAAUACCAUAACGAGCAGGAACGGAAGAUGAUUUAAACUUUAUUUACUGUUAAUGUUUCAUUAUUUGGAACAUAAUUAUUUAGUUUGUGAAACAUAAUAUUGUUCAUGCAAAUUUGGAACAUGGCUACUGGAACAUUGAAAAAUAAAUUAGCAGACAAAUUACGUCUUGAGGAUCCAGAACAAUUCCUUACUUUGGUUCGAAUGCAUCUCUCGUUUGUUUUGGAUUUAAAUACAGAUGAUUAUGAAUGCGCAGAGAAAAACAAAUUUCGUCCAUCAAAAUGGGUGUUUGGGAAAAAAACAAAAUGUUUGACGAAAGGUGUUAUGGAAGGUGCUCCUCUAACCCAGGAGGGCAUAUGUCAAGCAUAUCAGCUCAUUGAGUAUUUAACCAAAGAAUCUAGUAUCUGUCAGGAAGGGCUGUUUCGCAGAACUGGAAAACUGACAAGGCAACAAGAAUUGAAGGCAUUGUUGAAUAAAGGUGUAUCUCUUGACCUAGAUAAUGGAAACUUUUCAGUUCAUGAUUGUGCAUCUGUGUUGAAGAGUUUUCUUGCAGAACUUCCAGAACCUUUACUCACUGAUGCUCACUAUCCAAUUUACUGCCAAAUUGCAGAAUUUUGUGGGCCAGCAUCUAAUUCAGGACAAAGCGAGAGCAAUGAACUUCGCUUACUGCAUUCUCUACAGUUAUUACUUCUACUUUUACCUGCAGAGAAUAGAAUAUUAUUGCAAGAUGUAUUGAAAUUACUGAAUCUUACAGCAAGUUAUGAAAGCUGCAAUAAAAUGUCUGCCGAAAAUCUCUCUACAUUGUUUACUCCACAUUUGCUGUGCCCUCGCAAGCUUACACCAGAAGCUUUCCAUGCCAAUUCUCAAGCUAUGUCAGGAAUCGUGGCAUUCAUGAUUCAUAAGGGAGACCUUUUGUUUGAAAUUCCUCCCAAAUUAUCCACUGACAUCCAAGUUUAUUGGGCAGAACGUGAAAGGAGAAAGGUUUCAGGGAGAAGAAAGUUGGGCAGUAAUAUUUGUGAAGGUCCACCAGCUAACACAGUAUUCACUUUUGUGGAUCGUGAACGCUCAGCUCAAGAGAAUUCUAGUAAUCCUACUGAAGUUGCCCUAGCCCAGUUGUAUGCUCAUAUCCAGUCUUUACCAGAGUCCUCCAAAAAAAGGAAGUUAAUUAAACAAUUCAAUAAAGAAAAUGGACAGGGGACUCCUCUUCAAGAAUCAUACAGGCAAAAGCAUCAUCAUAGAAGUAAAAGUCUUGGGGAUUCAAUUAAGAGGCAUAUAUUCAACAAAGGAGUGAAGCGUCACAAAUCGUCUAAUCAUUCUAAUGUUUUUGGUCCUCUGCGGUCUGUAAGUCAAGAGGUAUUGAAUAGUCCUUUAACACCAUCUUCAAAGAUAAAGCAUUUCCAUUGUAGUAUGGAUGAAGAGUCUGAUGUUACCAAGGCAUUGGACUCUAUAACUAAUUUGCCAGUCCUCCAGCAGUCAUUAUGUGAUUCUAAUUCUGCUGUCUUGAGGCUAAGGCAUUCUUCAAGGACAUCAAGAACAUCCUUUACUAAUCGACUCAUUUUUCCUGAAAAUGAUGAUAGAAAUGAGACAAUAAAUACCAGCCUUAGGGAUGCAAUUCUUCAUAAUUUAGCUCACCAAGUAGCUCAACAACAUUCACCAAAUUCAGAUAGUGGUGUUUUAAGGAAGUCCUUAAUUCAUUGUUACCAAGAAAAGGGAAAUUCAUCUCCUUUGCACAGCACUUCAAGUGCUGGAGAAUCUUCCACUUGUGUGUCUAACUCUAUUGUUAAAGGAGCAUGCAAAGCAAGAAACGAAGAUACGAAUGAUGCUCCUGUGAGUAGUGAUUCUGCUUUGUGUGUGACACCUGAUGAACAAUCCGCAGUUUCUCCCCAGCUGUUGCUUGGGUUUACUCCUUGUGUAGCUACUGCAACUAACAAACUAACCACUCCUCAGAAGGAACAAAUUAAUAGUCUUGUGACUAGUACUCCAGCUUCCCAAUAUUUUACCAGAGUUUCUGGUAGUGUUAUAGGCCCUUAUGAUAUUAAGCAAACAAGUUUGAAUCAUAGUAACUGUUUUCUUACUCCAAUUGCUGAUGAAAACAAUUCCAUGUCUCCCAUUACUCGUUCAACUCAGAGAAUGUCCAAAGCAAUGCAGGAGACAAUGAUGACACCACGAAGUAGAAAACCUGUUGUUGUUCUCUCAGGAUCUAACAUUUGCCAUUUAAGCAAUGUUGCUACAUGGCAGAAACACGCAGCAAAUUUGUGGGAAAAUCAUUAUAAAGAGAAAGGCAUAUUAGACAAAGUAAGAGAGAAUCCUUUAGAUGAAAAAGCUGUUCGCAGUAUUAAUGUACUUUCAACCAAAAGUGUAUCUUCCCAUGACACUUCUAGUUCACACUCAAGUAUUGUGAAUGAAGAUGUCUGCCAAAAUAUAUCACAUGCUAAUUGCUGUGGAAGUGGUGACUCAUUAACUAGCACCUUUAAAUCGUAUUUAAUGAGUAGGAGUGUCUUAACGGCAAGUCCUGUAGACUUGAGCUUUUCUAGUAGAACUGGAGAUUUUGACACCUCUCUCUCACAUGAAAGGUGUUUGAGUACUGAUGCUCUUAGCGAUUCAUUAUUGUAUUGUCUUGAUGGAAAUGAACCUAGUUGCUCAAGUCAGUCUCUUAGUAGUGGAGAAAAAUUUAAAGAAUCGCCUGAACUUCAGGAAAAUUUAUGUACACAAGAUUGCAGCAGUAUUAUUGAUUGCAACAAUGAACCAAAUAUUAAUAAUGCUAAAAGGUUUUUAGCAGUUGAUAGUAUUCCAUCAAAUGAGGUAGGAAUGAAAUCUCAUUUAGCACCAGUCCAUGAAACAUCUUUGUAAUGUUUAUGCACUUUGCAGAGAAAUUAAUGUUAAGGAAACCUACAAUUUCAGAAUUUUAUUUUAUUAACAUUGUUGAAUAAAAUGUAUUUUUUUUCCA